UACGAUACGACACGACACGACACGACACGAUACGACACGACACGACACGACUUCGAGACUCGACGACUCUCUCUCGACGUCUCGAUUCGGUUCGGUUGCAUAGGCGCGCGCCAUGGUCUCUCGCGUCCAAUCCGGACACCACCAGCACGAGUACCAGCAACACAAGCAGUACCACAGCAGUAACAGCAGAACCAGACUCGCCUCGUGCCCAGCUGGAGCCGAACUCACGAAAAACUCGUAGGAAUUCUGUUCUCGUCGCGCGACCGAUAGGAAAACCAUUUCGAAAAGCGUACGUUUUCGCGUCUUCCUCGUUAUCGUUCUUCCCUCCACCAUCUCUUUUCCGUUUCAUCUUUAUUCUCUUAUUUCUUGAGCUCCCUCUUUCUCUUUCUACUACUUCUCCUUCUCCUUCUCCUUCUCCUUCGUCUUCUUCUUCUUCUUCUUCUUCUUCUUCUUUUCCUCUUCAUCGAGUCGUUCUUGUGCCAAGAGACCGCGCACCUACUCGAACCUUUAUCUCUUUCUCCGCUAAAACAGCACGCUUCUCCUCUUCCUCCUCCUUCUCUUCCUUCUCUUCCUCCUUCUCCUCCUACCCCACCUCCAUCUCCAUCUUCUCCUCCUACACUUCGUAGCCGGUCGAGAUAGUCGCUCGAGAGAAGCCAAGAGAAUCUCUCGAGGAAAGGACGACGUCCUUUCGUUCUCCCUACGAACGGAAUAAGAUACAGAGAGAGAGAGAGAGAGAGAGAGAGAGAGAGAGAGAGAGAGAGAGAGAAAGAGAAAGAGAGAGAGAAGGAAAGAAACCGAAAGAAAGAAAGAAAGAAAGAAAGAAAGAAAGAAAGAGUGAGACGGUGAGUUUUGGAACAGCAUCAUGACCGAUCGAGGGUAAGGGGGAUCGAGUGGCUCAAGGUCGAUAAAAGGAUCGAGACGCCGACUUUACUUCGUUUCAAAGACCUCCCCGAGUUCUGCCUUCUCGUGGGUGUAUUCUACUUCGAAGAAGUCACUCCGCAAGAGGAUAUUUUUUAUCUGUGAAUAUACGUCAAAAAUACGUAACGUAGCACCGUAUAAUACAUUAACCCAAGGACGAUCGGUAAUUUCGUGAAAUUUCAAGUGAAUUCGUUUCGCGGGUCGAACGUAAUCGGAUGUGAAAAAAAAGUUGUUUUCUUCUUCUUUUUUUUUUUGUUUCUUAUGUUAACGAAGGAGAUAUUCGAAAUUGCAAUUAAUCGUCUGGUGUUUCGAUCGAUUCGAAACGAAUCGUUUUGGAUCUCAACGAUUCGUGAGAUUGCAGUAUGCAUCGGUCGUAACGAGGACGUCGAAACGAAGAUAGCAAGACAAAAAGAAAGAGACAGAGAGAGAGAGAGAAAAGGAAGUUUCGUUUCGUCGUUUUAAAACUUAUCUUUGAGAAAUCGAUCGAGGCGAUCUGUUAUUUAUCAUAUACCGAUCCGUCAAACUGUUCAGAUACGUUUGCGUAUCUUUCAUACGGAUCAUCAUCGAUCAUCGAUCGAUCGCCGAAAGAAAGUAAUAUAAAACGUGAAGGAAGACGAAGAAAAGAAAAAUAAUAAGACGAUAAAGUACAGAAUUUUAAAGAAGAAUUUUGAAAACUCAUUUUGAAAAAGGAAAUUCUACCGAGAAUAGAAAAUACUAAUAAAGAGAAAGAAAGAAGAGAAAAGUAAAAAGGAAGAAGGAGAAGGAGAAGAAGAAGAAGAAGAAGAAGAAGAAGAAGAAGAAGAAGAAGAAGGAAAAUAAACGAAAUACGAAGGGAAACGGGAAGACGUACGAGCUCGCAUGGAAAUUAACGUCGUGGGAGUAGGCCUCGUUUCUCGGACGAAUCGCGCGGAAAUUUGUCGCGAAAAAAGAGAAGCUGGCGAAGAUCAGAGGGAUGAUUCUGUGUUGCUCCUCUCGGCCUUUGGCUCUCGAAAGAUACGACGUAUAAAUACCCAGCUCGUUGCGCGUUCCUCCUCUUUUCUCUCUCUCUCUCUCUCUCUCUUUCUUUCUCUUUCUCUCUCUCUCUCUCUCUGUUUCUCUCUCUAUCUCUCUCUGUCUUUCUUUCUUUCUCUCUCGUAUGGCACGGACUCUAUUUAGAUAAUCUUCCGCUUAGCGGGAGCGGCACUCGCCGCGCCAAGGGAGCUUCUUCUUCGUGGAGGCUUUCACCAAGGUGGCAUCUUGUUUUCCACCGUUGAGGGAAUCAGCUCGUAGCUGAGAAUCUUUUCUUUAUAUCUCUUUCUCUUUUUUGCUUUUUUUUCUAUUCUAUAUUUCGAAGGGCUCCAUAAAUAUUUCUCGAAAAUUAUCGAGAACGUUGAAGUUAUGGAGUCCUUGAAGAAAGAGGGAUAGAGAAAGAGAGAAAGAGAAAGAGAGAGAGAGAGAGAGAGAGAGAGAGAGAGAGAGUUCGCGUCGUGAAAGUCUUUCUCUCGCGAGGAAGGAAACGUGAAAGGAGGAGGGAUCCAAAGGAUCCAUCAAUACGUGAGGAUCUAUUCCUAUCGGCUCGUCGCCAUUUAUCGGGUGAGGGAAGGAUGAAGAAUGCCCCGCGUCGGAGGAGACGGGGGUGGCGGGAACGAGAAGACAGGAGCCAGUGGCUUCGGAGGAUGGUUGGGAGGAGCUGCGAGAGCUGUGACCGGAGGAGGCGUCGCUGGUGGAUACGUCGUACUGGGUGGCACCAGAUAUGGUCUGAGACUCUCACAGGAAAGUCUGCCACCCGCGAGCUCGAGGGAGGAAUCAGCGGAGAGAAGACGGAAGAGAAAUUCGCGAGAAAGCGAGUCGAGAGAACGGCUGACGGAGAAAUUGGCGGAGAAGUCGUCGAUCGAUCUGGCGUCGAGUAUAGUCGAGUGUUGUUGCAUCGGACCACGUUCUCGGUUGCCUCUGCCGAGGAUCUCAACGACAGCAAUAACAAAGGCCACGACAAUAGCAACAUCGUUACCAUUGCUAUUGCCAUCGUCGUCAUCCUCGUCAACAACGGUGGCGUCGACGGUUGGCAAUGUUGGAAAAGUUGGAGGUGGAGAUGGAAUUGGAAGAGAAAGAGACAUUGACGAAGUUUUGCCGCCUUUUUCACCUCCUCUUCCACCUUCACCAGCAACAGUAGUAAUAGCGGCGGCACAAGCAGAGCCAUCGUCUUCGUCGUCUUCGUCUCUUCCUCCCACGUUUUCGAAGAGUCGUACCACUACUGUUGGCGUGGAACAGCCGGUGGACGCGAAGCUGGCGGCUGCUCGGCCAACGCCAAACUCUAAUAAUAACCGCGGGAUGCUGCAAAGCACCACGGUGGGGAACGAGCAGCACCACCGCCAACAGCAGCACCAGCACCAGCAUCAGCAUCAGCAGCAGCACAAUCAACACCACCAGCCACAAUCAUCCGCGAUCCCAUCGCCGUCGCAGCCGGUAUCUUCCGUCUCUACUUCUUCUUCUUCUUCUUCUUCCUCCUCGACGUCUUCGUCAUUGCACCCGUCGUUCGACUCCUUCUCUUCGCCGAGCCUCCAAACGCAACACUCAGUUUCCGUGCCGCGUCAGCUCGCGCAGUGGACCAAGCAUCAGACCCUCAAGCUCCAGGAACCAGCGGUGAUAGCGGUGGACCGAUUGCACAGGUUCCGCUGGAGCGGGGGUGGAGGAGGAAGCGGGAAAAAAUCCUCUUCCGCCCCCCGCAGCGAAAAGGCCGAGCGUCUUCGCGAGCUCACGGAAAAACUCAAAGGACCAGCACCUGUCCCACCUCCUAGACGACCUUCUCGUACUCAAGCUUCCUCUCCGCCACCGGGAGGAUAUCAGCCAUCUUUUCAAUCUCAUCAACAGUCGGUUCAAGGUUGCGGUCGAUAUGAUAAUCGUGGGAUCUAUAGGAAUCAUGAAGCCGGUCUUCAGAAUCAACAACAAUAUCAUCAGCAACAGCAUCCAAGGGGUAUUGUUAGAAGCGAAAGCGUUGGCGAGGAACGUCUUACUGGUACAGACUCGAUGGUCACUGGUAACGAGAGCUGUCGAAAACAACAGUUCGCUCAUGACACUUCGAAAAAGUCCUCGAAGUCGGGCAAGGUGACGGAGAGGAAUAGUGGUGACGUUGGUGACGUUAAAAAUGACGCGAAUCUCGUCGUCGGUGUCCCCGUCGAGGACGCGCCGACAACAAAACAACAACAUUUGAGACAAUACAGUGAUUCAGUGGUAGAUAGUGCUACGAGCGUGGACGAUCUGUGCGAUACCUUGAACGUGUCUUCCACUGGUACUGGUGGCAACAACAACAACAACGAGGCCGAGGCCAGGGAUGCGGUCAGCAGGUUGGAGUCCCGAGGACCAUUGUUGACUCUUCAAAGAGCCGGUGCUCCACUCAGGAGUGCGUCCUUCGGUCAGGUGGAUUUCAAUCAAGCGAAUCGUCAAAAGACUCAGCCAGUGGCAACGAGUGCUCGUACGGAGAACAAAGAUGUCCGUGCCAGUACUCUGCCUCGUCGACGAGGAGAUGCGAUACCAGGUGUCUCGACGUCUCAAAACAGCCCGAAUCGGCAAAGUCCAAGGACGUCGACACCGAGCGUCGAUAGCGCCGUUGGUUCGGCCGAAGGACUCGGUGUACCUCACCAAAGCAAUCUCGAAGAGAUCCGACCUAGGAGCGAUGGUUCCGACAGUUUGGCAACAUCCAGUGCUCUUACCAGCCCGGAACCACCGGUACCGGAAGUUCACGAGCAACAGCCGAGGUUGGAACUUCAAACGGAUGCUUCACCGACCGAGGUGAUACCUUCCGAGCCGAUUUAUCAAGUCGUCGAUAGCACUCCGAUCGAUGAGAUCGUUCAGAAAGAGAACAGAAUAGAGCCGCACGAAGUAAUCGUAACUCCGCCGUUGGAGGAACCAAGACUCAGUCAAGCUAGCGAGGGCAGCGAGGCACCUAGCGAGACACCUUCGGAAGCGUCCUCUCCACCUGGUAAGACCAGACGUUAUCGUGGUGACACUAGCAAGAGAAGAAAGGGUGUGUACAUAACGCAAUGGCCAGAACCUUUGGACGCCGACAGAAACAAACUUACUGCUCAGAGCAGCGAGGAAAGAGAUGAGCCACCUGCUACACCAAGCGAUUUAUCCGAUUGCGAAGGACACGCACCGCGAAGGUACAGCAAGAGACCACUCCGUGGUCCUUACGGUCAAAUGCUUGAAGCUGAAAUGGCUAAGCCUCGUGCAACUGAUAUAUCUCUGGAAGAAGGUCUCAGACCUAGACGCAAAGUAUCCGCCAAUCUCUCGUACAAUACCGGCGCUAAUAGUAACUCCGAACCACCUACACCUUGUCAUCAUAGAACUACCUCUAGUCCAAGCAAAUUAGAGGGAUUACCUGGACCAAGUCCUGAGUUACUCGCUGAACUUUUGAGAGGAUCUUCCGAGAGAGUAGCUCGUGCACCUGCUCAUCGAAACGACACGAGAACUCACGUCGUCAUCGAGCUUUACGACACCGAAUGUUCGUAUGUCGAAUCUUUGCAAACACUAGUCAGUAAAUAUCUGGAGCCUUUGAAAAGUCCUGAGUAUGCAGGCUUAGUGGACGCUGCUAUGGUGGAUGAAAUAUUUUAUCAGAUCCCAGAGAUUCUUAACCACCAUGAAAUCUUUCUCGACGAAUUACAAAACCGUCUCGGCAGUUGGGAAGCAAGGCAGACCGUAGGAGAUGUUUUCUUGGACGUAUUUACGAAGCCAGUCGUUCUAGAGGAUUACACUCUUUUCUUGGACAAUUGGAAGUCCGCGAGAAUGGCGAUAAAAACAUGUCAAGGGAAACCAGCGUUCGCACGAUUUCUCGAGACGAUGGAACGCGAGCAUAAAGGCAAACUCGGUCUUGAUCAAUUGUUGAUUAAACCGGUGCAGAAGAUCCCGCGUUACGAGCUACUUAUUCAGAGACUUAUCAAGCACACUGAUCCAAGGCAUCCCGAUUACAAGUACCUACAGGCAGCACAAAAGGAAAUUCAUGAAUUGGUUGUGAAGAUCAAUUGCGCGGAACGCGAGUCUCUCGAAUGGGAACGUCAACAAAAUAUUUUGAGAGAGCUUCAAGCCCUCGUCGAAGGUCUUACUGGGAUCGUUACGAACGAUAGAAUGUUCGUCCGUCACGAUUUGGUUACCAUAGCCUCGAAUCAGGGCACGCGGAAGGAACGAGCUCUCUUUUUGUUCAACGACUUAUUGGUUAUUACAAAUAUCAAACGACGAAGUGGUGCGAUAAGGAAACCAUCUACGAGCGCUUCCCCGAACACCUUGAUCGGUCUUCUCGAGGCUAACAAGUACAAAAUGUUGAUGAGAAUACCAUUGGAUAAUCUCGAAGUGGUAAAAGCCAAGGACGAGGAUCUCAAACGGAUGGCACGCGAAGUUGAUCACCUACAGGAGGAUUGCGCCACGUUGAGCCAAAUCCAAGAACUAGCGGUUAAGAUACAUGGAAAUAAGACACAGCUCCAGGAUGUGAUCAAGGACAUGCUGUAUCAAACGCAACGGCAGCUAACCGAAAGGAACGCUGCUCAUUCUGAAUUGGCUUGUCUGGAAUUGGCUUUGUCUGGAAUAGCACAGUCGGACAUCGAGAAUAUCAACAUCGUCUUUACUAAGCCUGACAACAGAGCGAGCUGGGAGGAGAGUUUCAAUGAAGCCAAACAAAAAUUGACGCUGCUUGCCGAUCGAAGACUGCGCCCGGAGUUCGCCGGUCCUUUACCCGUUAGAAAGACACGAGCUGGGCUUCAAUUCACUUGCGCUACACCUACGUUAUCGGCAGGGGAAGAAUAUCAAGAUGUAUGGGUGUGCAACAGCGACGGAUACGUUGGGCAGGUUUGCGUGUUGAGUUUGAGUCUGGAACAACCUCAAGUUACAUCUUGUAACGGAGUUUGCAAUGCCAGAAUCCUUUGUGUUGCUGCGAUACCCGUUUGUACUUCUUGUACGAACUCUUCAUCAUCCAUCAGUAAUACAUUUGUGAACAGUAAAAGCGGCAUCAGUAUUUCCGUGCAAGAUGUUGACUCUGGUAGUGAUAAUAUUCAGUUAGACAGCAGCUCGAGCUCGGACGAAUCGAAUUCAGACAAAGUUCCAAAUGCGGAUACUUGUAAGGUAAUCACAGGUGGAGAUGUUUCUAAUAGCGACAACGCUAUUGUCUUCGAGGAGGAGUCCAAUCAGCCUACCAUGUGGUUGGGGACAGAAGAUGGAUGUAUUCACGUUUAUAAUUGUAGCGACAAUAUUAGGAUAAAAAAAAAUAGAGUAAAGAUUCAACAUGGUAGCAGUGUAUAUUGUAUCAUAUAUUUUGACAAUAAAGUCUUUGUGUCACUUGCCGAUGGCGAUAUAGCUAUAUAUACACGAGAUCACACAGGAGGUUGGAACACUUCAGAUCCAACGAUAGUGUCCGUAAGUACUGCAUCAUCUCCAAUAACGAAGAUGCUUCCGGUGUCUGGCAAAUUGUGGUGCGGUUGUCAUAACUCCGUGAAAGUUUUUAAUACACAUAGCUUGAACAUCGAACACAACUUCGUGGUCAGCAAUGAUGCAAGUCGGGCGGUCACUUGUAUGGUAAAUUCUGGUAGUUUCGGUGUCUGGAUUUCUUUGCAUAACAGUGCCGUACUUCGUCUCUUCCAUGCUGGUAAUUACGAAUGCUUGACGGAUAUAAAUGUUGCACCGGCGGUUACCAAAAUGCUUGCUACAGGUUGCGAUGACAUAAUAAGACAACAUAAAGCAGCCUGCCUCAGGGUAACCUCUUUAUUGGCUUGCAAUGAGUUAUUAUGGAUCGGUACGAGCGCUGGUGUUCUUUUAACCGUGCCGAUACCACACAUCAAGCCAUCCACGCAAAGAAUAUCUCAACCUCCCAUCAUAACUGGAAUACCUCACGGACAUACGGGACACGUGAGGUUUCUAACAUGCGUGGAAACCGGUACACCAUCGAAACCAGAACCACGAACAAAAGUGAAUCGGCACUCUUUGAAAUCGAAGAAAGUGCAUCAGAAUAACAUUAAUCGUGGUAAACUCUUGGUGAUAUCUGGUGGCGAUGGUUACGAAGAUUUCAGGGGACCUCAAGCAUCCGCGGAAUUACAAGCAGGACGUGAAGAUUCGACGAAUCAUCUUCUUUUGUGGAAGAUGUGAUGUUUUUGUGCACGGCCCAAGGUAUCGAUCUUCUUUUCUUAAAUUACAGAGAAAAGAUAUCGAAGAUCGUAUUAGUUCGUCCGGUAAAAUGUGUCUUGGUCAAAAAAAUUUUUAGCAGAGGGUCGCGGUUCACAAUAGUCGGUACGACAUGUCGCGGGAAUCGUUCUUGUCGAAUGUGCAGCCAACCUGUGAACACUGUAACACUGUGCCGAUCUCGGAUAACACGGAAGGAUCGACACGACGAUUUUUCAGGGAUCGAGGAAGAGUCCUUUGGUUACUCCUAGCGGAGUGCAUCAGAACCAGGAUAAAAGUUCCGUCAUCGACAGAACGAAGUCAAAUUUGUUUUACAGGAUGGUAAAAAUCUUGCUUAAGGAUUUUUGGUCGAGAGAAUAGUAGCUUUUUCGAGUUUCGUCCUCGAUCGAAACGAGAUUUUCUUCUUCCUUUUCCUCUUCUUUUUCUUUUUCUUCUUCUUUUCUUCUCUCUCUCUCUCUCUCUCUCUCUCUCUCUCUCUCUCUCUCUUUCUCUCUCUCUCUCUCUCCCCCCCUCUCUCUUUCUUCUUUAGUUGGAUUCGUUCGAGGAAAAAACUCUCACCGUUGCCGUUGAAUUUGUCCAGCAAAUUACAUUGAAGGCACUUAUGAUGAAAAAUUAUCCGUCGUUGUCGUUGGUGUUGGUUGAACUUUGUCUAAAAAAUUAUAAAAUCUCCAAGGACUGUGCUAGUUUAUUAUUCGAGCAUAGAUCUUGUAUUAUCGUCGGACCUAGAAUUAGUAGGACAGUGGAAAAUAAAAAUUUCUUAAUGUGUCAAUAUCUUGUUAUAAUAGAAACGAUAAUCAUUAAUGUGCAGUACCUGAAAGGGCUUCGAAAACGAGCUUAUAACGUUUUAAAUGGCCUAAAUUAAACAAUGAGAUUAAAAGGUUCAUCACUUCUAACGAAUGUUAAAAUAUUGACAAGAUUUUAUCGUUGUUCUUUGAUAAUACAAAAAAAAUCCAAAUGUACCUCGUUAUUCAUUUUGAAUGUUUAAAUGAUGUAAAUUAAUGUGUCCGUGUCCGUAAUGAUGAAAUUAAUGUGUCCGUGUAGUCCGUGAAAAGAUUCUAUGUAAAAAUAAUAGUUUUCAAUUGAAGAUAUAUCACGUCUUAUGUGUGUGUAUAUGUGUAUGGUGUGCGGGCGUGUAUGAGGUGUAUGAAUGCGUGUAUGUAUGUGCGUUUAUGGGUAUACACGGGAAUGUAGACAAUGAAAAUGAUACAAUUAUCCAUAUCAAAACAAGAGUGCAAAUUAAUGAAACGAAGUCGUCCUUAAAUUAUGAUUAACUUAUCUUGUGGUUCCUAUGCUUACAUGCGUAUUAUAAAUUAACGCGAAGUACGUUUCGACAAUAAUUUAUUAUCAAGAAAUUUCAAAAAAUUGCUUCACACUUGAUCAAUGAAAAUAAUUCGUAACAUCGAAACGCUAUAUGGUAUGAAUGUUAAGGGAUGAGAAGCAUAUAAAAAACUAUUUUCUCUAUUAUGAAAUAUAUAUAGUUAAAAUAUAGAAAAUAUAUAGAAAAAUAUAUAGUUGUUCGAUAUAAUAUGGAUGUGUAAAUAUAAAUAAAUAUGUGUUCAAGUGUGAAGAAAAGUAAAAAAAAAAAGAAAAAGGUAAUUGUAAUUUUGCUAAUUUAAGACUGAAUGAAAACUACAGAUGACGAUAUAUACAAAGUUAUAUCUAUUAUUCUUCGAUCGUAUAUUUGUGCCACUUUAUUGUGUGAACGAAUGAAACAUUAAUCGAAUAUCUUUAAUCAAAUUUACUGCACGUGCACAUUCUCGAAUAAUAUUUUCUUUUAGAUUGAACGACACAAAUAAUAUUUAUGUAAAACAAAAUAUAUGUACGAUGUUAUUUCAAAUUUAUCUAUAUAAUACAUGUUGUAAUUACAACAAAACAAAAAAGAAAAAAAAAGAACAUCUAUAUAAUACAUGUAAUUACAACAAAACAAAAAAGAAAAAAAAAAAAGAAAAAAAAAAAGAACCUAUAUAAUACAUGUAAUUAGAAAAAAAAAGAACAUCUAUAUAAUACAUGUAAUUACAAAAAAAAACAAAAAAGAAAAAAAAAGAAUAAGAAAAAAAAAGAACAUCCAUAUAAUACAUGUAAUUACAAAAAAAACAAAAAAGAAAAAAAAAGAAUAAGAAAAAAAAAGAACAUCUAUAUAAUACAUGUAAUUACAAAAAAAAACAAAAAAGAAAAAAAAAGAACAUCUAUAUAAUACAUGUAAUUACAAAAAAAACAAAAAAGAAAAAAAAAGAAUAAGAAAAAAAAAGAACAUCUAUAUAAUACAUGUAAUUACAAAAAAAAACAAAAAAGAAAAAAAAAGAACAUCUAUAUAAUACAUGUAAUUACAAAAAAAACAAAAAAGAAAAAAAAAGAACAUCUAUAUAAUACAUGUAAUUACAAAAAAACAAAAAAGAAAAAAAAAAGAUCUAUAGAAUACAUGUAAUUACAAAAAAAAAACCUAUAUAAUACAUGUAAUUAAAAAAAAAAAGAACCUAUAUAAUACAUGUAAUUACAAAAAAAAAGAAAAAGAACACGCGAUCAUGCGUCAAAUAUUUUUAGAUGUAACAUAAAUGAAUCCAUAUCAAAAGCAGACUUUAAAUAAUAUACGUAUAGACAAAAGAUAAGAGCUUGAGCUUUUCGUGGAAAUAAUCUAUUUUUUGAAAAAGAAAAUUAAAACAUAAGUGUAAAAAAAAAAAAA